UCACAGUUGCUGCUGGCUGCGACGCGCGGAGUGCGGAGCGGAGAGGCGCGCUGCAUACCAACGGAGGGACCGCGGAGCAGGCUCGCUUCUGGCCAGGACGCACAGACCCCCAUCCUGCAUUCUGACCAAACAACAAACCCGAAACAAUAAACUGAACUAAACAAAAAAAAAAAAAACAUCAGCGUGAAACCCGUGGACAGUUUACAUUUUUUUCUUCUUUUCUUCACAUUCAUUUUCUGUCAUUUUCUUCUCUAUUAUUUUAAAAACUGACAGCCAAACUAAGUGUAUUUGGGAUAUUUGUUCAUUGUGGUGUAAUCCUUUUUUUUUCCUGCACCGGAGAAGAUAAUCAGUCCUACCUGCGGAAGUCAUCUGAAGGAAAAGUCAAGACUGAUGUGUUUGUCCACUCUCAUAAAGAAGCGCUGGACUAUUGCUGCUGACAUUCAACCACUGGCUCCUUCUUUUUUUUUUUCUUCUUUUUUUUUUUUUUUUUUCCAUUUUCAUUUUUUAACUAACCGGUUCCCCGCAACGGCAUCAUUAGGGAGGAAUACUGAGACGUCUGGCUGCAAAAACAAGCAGAAAAUCAAUCACAACUCCACAAUGGGCUGCCCUCUCUUGUGGAACGCGUUUGCUGGCUUGAUCCUGGUUUUGCUGUCAAAAGGGUCCAGUGUGAACGGAGCAGAAUUCGGACACCUUCCGGACAACAUCACGGUGCUGGAAGGCGAAAGCGUCACUUUGAGAUGUCGGAUCGACGAGGAGGUGACCCACAAGGCCUGGCUGAACCGCUCCAACAUCCUCUUCACCGGGACGGACAAGUGGUCGCUGGACAAGCGUGUGACUCUGAUCAACAGCAACAACAGCGAUUUCUCCAUCCAUAUCGACAAAGUCCAAGUGGCCGACGAGGGGCCCUACACCUGCACCUUCCAGGCCAACAACAAGCCUCGCAUUGCCCACGUCUACCUCAUCGUCCAAGUGCCAGCCAGAAUCGUCAACAUCUCGAAAAAUGUUUCGGUGAACGAGGGAGAGAAUGUAAACCUGUACUGUCUGGCAGUCGGUCGACCUGAGCCCACCGUCACCUGGAAGGACCAGAAAUACGGGAUGGUGAGUGAGGGCGAGUUCCUCGACAUCACGGAGAUCAAGAGGCAGCAGGCCGAGGACUACGAAUGCAUCACCAACAACGGCGUGGCGCCGCCCGACCAGCGCAAGGUCAAAGUCACAGUCAACUACCCGCCAAUGAUCACAGACAUGAAGAACAUGCCAGCGCAUUUGGGGAAGACGGCCAUCUUGCGUUGUGAAGCCAUGGCGGUCCCGCCAGCCUCCUUUGAGUGGUACAGAGACGACCACAGGCCGGUAGAGAGUGACAACACCCUAAGGAUCAAAAACGAGAAGACGCGCUCGCUGCUGCUGUUCACCAAUAUUACAGAGAAACAUUUUGGGAACUACACCUGCUUCGCCUCCAAUCGCCUGGGGGCUUCCAACGCCAGCAUGCUGCUGUUUCGACCAGGCUCUCUACAGGGACGAGGAGCCGGUCUACAUGCGGGGAUGAGUGUCAGCUUGGCCGUGUGGGUUUCAGUGUCUGCGGUUCUUCUGCUGAAGCUGUAACGGUCAAACUCCGCCUGGAAUUGUCCUUAAACGUCCCUGAAAGCGCCCCCCCCCCCCAACCCACUACCACCGCCACCCCCCACCCCCCCACCCCCCCACCCUCCCUAUCUCCCCUACUACGGAAGGAAAACGGAAAUGAAAUUCUUUAAUUACGAACCCAUCACUGUGAACAAAAAGAAUAUGCAUUAUUCCAGGAGCCAUUGAAUCAUUGCAUCAAACACACAACUACCCCCCCGCCAUCCCAAAACCCCGGCACCCUCAAUUAAAUUUUGAGGUCAACUCAUCGUCAUUAUCUUUUUCCUCUCUUCCUCUCUCGCUCUCGCGCACACAGUCUGUCUCUUUUGUCUCCCAGAAUGCCUUGCAGAUCUGUCUGACUUGGUACUUCCCCUCCUCACCUUGUUUUCCCCAUUAUUACCACCAGGCUGGUGUUUAUAGAGCGUGUAUAUUCACGAGGAUUGUGUUGGUGAUCAAUGACAAAAAAAAAAUAGAUACUUUAAGGGGAUGAUCAUUUAUGUAAUAUAGACUAUUGACUGACCUACAAUGUUUGCCUUAUGGAAAUUAUACAUAAUACCACAGUACUAUGGUGGAUAUCUAUGGAAAUGAUACAGUGAUAAUGAUGACUUACAAUGUAAUACCGGAGGUCUUGUGACCUGUUAAAUUGUAGAAUUGGUGCCCAUGUCACCCGUUGAUCUCUCACACACACACACAUGCACACACACGCACACACACACCUCUAUGGCUUUUUAGUUUUAACUGUGUAGCAGUGAAGCUGCUAUGAAUGAUGUCAAAAAUGUAUUAAAAAAAAAAAAAGGCUGGGUGGUGACGGCGCCGGUCCUGAAUACCCCUUUAUGUAAGUCGUGGGGCGGGGGGGGGGGGGUUUGUACUGAGGUUUCGCAUGUGGACUCCCUCACUACCCAGACCUUUUUACCCCCCCUCUGCCCCCUCUGUUGAAAGUGCUUUGUCUAGUCGCCCUUUUGCAUCGCUAUAGUGUUCUCUGCUCUGUGUCGCCCUACUUCCUCCUCGUCCUCCUCCCUCAUCGUCCCAUCCUCCUCCAGUGUAAAUAUAUGCAGCACAGAGGCCAGAUCGGUGACUUUCAGUCACAUUGCACUCUGAACAGCAUCUCCCAUAAGCCUCAACACGGCUCCAGUCCUCUGAAGCAGCAAGAGACUGUCCUCAGACAACAAUGUCUUCUGUUUCAAGGCUGCUCCUUCAUCCUCUUUGUCGCUUGUUGAUAGCAUGUACUGGUUAGAGAUGUUCCUGUUGUGAGUCCAUCCUCCUCCCGUCACCUCCUCCCUCUCCGUCCCUUCCUCCCCGCACUGUGUCUGUUUUACUCUGCAAGGUUACCUGCUUUUACUUUUUUGGUGUUAAUAAUACUACCGAUGAUGAUGAAGAUGAUGAUGAUGUUAAUAAGUAUUUGAAUAACUAUGAAUAGUAAUUCCAUGUGAGAAAAAAAAAAAAGAACAAAAUCUGAUGGUAAUGAGCUGUGCGUGGGGGAAAAAAAAGAGUUUUUGUACUUUACUCUCACACACGCGCGCACACACACACAUUCAACAACUACAAUGGAAAAAAAAACGAAAAACAAAAAAAAAAGAUGUAAAGUUUUUGAAGUGAUGUGCUCUAUUUUGCCAUGACAAGCUUUUUAAAAACGCAUUAGAAACUGUGUGAGGGAUCAUUUCAUCUGAGUCCAGAAGCAGUGAAUGAUGGUGUAAUUUAUAAUUUGUAACAGUUUAUGUAUUUGACCCUCUGUCACAUCGCAUCUCUCACACGCACACACGCACUCACACACACACACACACACACACACACAUUUACUGCACAUUUGUCCACUUAUCAUAGUGUGUCUUUCUCCAACCAGCUAGAUAAAUGAUUUGGAUCCGUGUCUGUCUCUGGUCGUGGCUGUAAGUCAGUUCUUGUUCCACCAGACUGCAGGGAGAUAAAGAUGUAAUUAGCCAUUACCUGUGGCUGGCUGAGCGAAGGCGCCCGAGCUCCACCUGUCCCUCCUGCCACCCAGUUAUGGCCCCCCCAUAAAUCAAACUCAAUCCUGCCCACUGACAGGAAUCCUCUUCAAGGACGACCUCGCCUUGGCGCACCGGUUCUCCCCCCUCUCCCCGUGUACCUGUGACAUGCAGACACGGGCGCGACAAAGCCCCUCAUGGCACAAUUAUCCCGCCACUUCUACCCCCACAGCACAAACAGUGGAAGGAAUCCCUGUAUUUCAACACGGUGGCACUCGCGUCUCCUCUGCAACACCUGUUUCACUCUCAUGCAGCGACUAUAUGCAAAUUUUGCCAUAACGAGCCUGCAUGGAGAGUUUGACCCCGGCCGAACCCUGAGUACUGCAACCUGAAAGUGGGAUUCUUCUAUAUCGAAUCAAAUGUCUGAAUGUGUUUUUUUUUUUUUUAAUUGUUUUUAUUUUUCAAACCAGCAAUAACCCCUAAUUCUACUGUGCAAGAGAUAUCAGUCAUGGUUAAAGCUGUGGUGUAAUAUCUGGGAAUCUACCAUUAACAAGGUAUAUCGAAUAAGUCUGUUGUUGUACUUUUAUUGUGUACAGUACUCUGAAAUGAUUGUGAAGCUCUCUUUAAAUGGCCCUUAACCGAAAAACACUACAUGUUGUGCUCAAGAGUCUUGCCCUCCGCGAUGUAUUUGGGUUGUCUGUGUGACAGAACACGCAUUGUGCAUGCAUCUUGUGGCUCCAAAAAAAAAAAAAAAAAAAAGAAAGAAAACAACGAA